GAGGCUUAUAAAUAAAUAAAAAAAAAAAAACUUCUUUGAGUGGGGGUAAAGAGGUUGAAAAAAGAAAACAGAAACCGGUAGUAGAGUAGCAGAAGUUUGAGUAGAAGUAUAUUAGUUGAUUAAUGGUUAUGUUGUCUUAUACAAAUUCGGUAAAAUCAAAUAAAUCUGUUAAAGUGUAAAAUAUUGAUAAGUCGAGUCCGAAGAUGUCAGGACUUGUUAAAACAUGUGCGUUUGUGUCAGUGUUCAUCGUAUUUAUUGCGUUCUUCAUGAGAAAUAAUUUCGAUGAUGAGUUACGAAGUAAACUAAAUAUUAUUCUUGAAAGCUUGGAAAGGGUUGAAAAGGAACAUUCCGUAAUUUCUAAAAAAGUAGCCAUUGGUUACGGUGCUUGCCUUGAUUUAUUUGUGGAUGGAAAUGUGUUGUUACCCUAUAAUGAUUUGGGUAGUAACCCAGAACAUUUUACUGACAUUAGCUCAAAUAAGGAGUUAUCAAAAACGUAUGCAUAUUUUUAUAGGCAUGGAGCUGCUGCAGAGCGCUAUGUGUCCAACUCUUCGUUGUUUGACGAGCUGGUCAACAGAGCCUUUGCGACUGCAGGGAGCCAUUCAGGACUGGGCGGGAAUGCUCCGGUGAUGGCAUCACGUUUUGCUCAUGAAGGCUGCAAAGUACUUCUGGCUGCAAAAAUGUCACCAGAACUACAAAAGUUUCUCCCACGAGGUGUCACAGUUGUCGGAGGAGAGACCUCCAAGGAUGACGUGCACCUAAUACUGGAGUACAAGGCAGAGGAACGCUGGGGCCCCCACGUCGCGCCCCGAGCAAACAGGUUCAUCAUCCACAACGACCGCAACAACCCGACGGUCAGCUCCGCGGAGGAGUUUGAAAAGGCGCUGGCGGGCUUCCGGCCCAACCUCCUGGUCGUGGGCGGCCUGCAGAUGAUGGACAACUUCCCCUUUGCACCAGGUGUGCGCAAAGCAAGGCUGCAUAAAGUGCGGGAGCAAAUGUCAUCCCAGCCCGCCAGCACCAAGGUCCACUUUGAGAUGGCUUCCUUCGCGGAGUCAGAGAUGCUGGUCGAGUUGACGCAAAAUGUCAUUCCGUUUGCAGACUCCCUGGGCAUGAACGAGCAGGAGUUGGCAAACCUGCACAGCACACUGGUGUACGGGAACGUGAGUCUGGUUGCUGAUGCCAUCCCCCGAGUGGCAGUGGUCCUUGACCAGAUGAGGCAUGUGUUCAGGCUGGUGCGGGAAAGGAGCGGCACGGUGCCGGGCGGCCGCCUGCUCACGAGACUGCACGUCCACACGCUGGCGUACCAGGCCAUCAUGACCAGCGCCUCCUCCCCGUGGAGGAACUCCAUGGCCGCAGCCGCCAAGGCCUCACUCACCGCCAACCGCCACGUCUGCGGCUCUAAGCAGGUGGACGUGGACAAGGCAACGCUGAUAAUGGACGAGAGCUUCUCCACGUCUGUGGCCCGGGGGUCCCAGCGCGUGCCCUUGGAGCUGGACCACCCGGUGUCGUGCUGGAGCGAGGGGGAGGUGCAGAUCUGCGUGGCCCCGGUGCUGGUGUGCACCCGGGCCCACCAGACGGCCGGCGGUGGGGACAACAUAUCCUCGGCCGGGCUCGUCCUGCAGCUCUAGUGGGCCACUUCCAGCAUUGACUUUGAGAUACAGUUCUUUGGUUUUAAAGCUAUAGCACAUGAAAAACCUAUAUGCUCACAUUCAAAAAUUAUGUUGUUUUGAAUAAUUUCACCUGCACGUGUAAUUAAUAUCAUAUUAUAAAUUACGCAUGUAAUUUGAACAUUGGCAGUUCAAGUUCUCUUAAAGAUAUACCCUCUAUAAUACAAUGCGUUGACAUGCACCAAGUUUUUAGCAUUAAGAUGAAUAAUUAGAAAAUCUUUUCAGUAACUGUUUUACAUAGUGACAAAAAUUCAUUUGAGAAAGUUUAUUAAAGUGGAAUCUUCUAGGCCUGUGCGAAUAUUCAAAUUUCAAAACAAAUAUAUUAUUAUCCGUAUUCAAUUCAAUUUUGAAUACUAACAUUUCGAAAAAGCGAAUAGUCAGCCAUUCACAAAUACAGCUGUGCGAGAUCUCGAAACUCUGUAAUAAUUUUGGGAUCACAGAAAUUUUCUCGUAGAGUGGGGAAAAAACUUCAACGGGAUUUUUGUAUUGUGUUGCGGUUAUUUAAGUGGAGUUUGUUUUGCUACAUCUGGCUACGUAAAUUUUGAGAAUGCUAAUACAGUAAAGCCGGAUUUAACACAGUAAUUCGGAACCAUUACUUACUCUCAAGUUAUCAGCUAAAGGAGGGCUUCCACCACUUUGAAAACAAUAUCCUUGAUUGAAAAGUGAAAUAUCCUGUAAUAUCCUUGUUUUGAAUAUAAAAUAUCCUGUAAAAUCCUGUACAUUAAAAAAUACAAAAAAAUAUGCAAUUUUUAGGAAAAUUACCUGAUCAUAAUGUACGUAAGUAUACUUCAAUCAAAACAAUUCAAUUUUUAACACUUUUUACAAGUAUUUACACACACACACGUAGCCUACACUUCACCACUGGCAGUAUUUAAAUAUCACUUUUUCAGAUGUUUUGCCCUAUUCCUCAUUUCUUCUGUUGGCUGGAAUUCUGCCAUAUUCUUCCUAGAAGAGAUAUGCAACAAAGCAUUUAGCAUUAGCGAUUCAAGACAUGACCUGUGCGCUGUCUUGAUAAGGUUGAGCUAACAAAAUAUCUUUUCCACCCCUGCAUUGUUGUGUGGAAGAAUAAGCAUUGCCUUUGCAAGUUUACAAAGCAGUGGAAUACAUGUUUUCCCAUUAAUUUCAUACUGUGACACUUUAUGCCAGGCCUGCCACCAAAUUAGGUUCCUAAAUCCUCUUUACAGCAUUUAAAAAUCCUGUAAAAUUUAUAGCCGUAACUGACAUAAUUUAUUUUUCGCUGUAAUUUUAAAUACCGGUAUACAUUGCAUUCCAAAACAUAAUUUAAAAAAAAUCAAAUGAAUGUAAAAAUUUUUUGAGAUUUGUCGCUUACAUUAUAAAACUAAUAGUUGGUAUCACAAUAAAAUGAAAAGUAAUUUAAAAAUUUCUCUUCAGUAUAGGUUUUGGUGCUUUUCUUAUUUACAAGCUGUAAAUACAUCCAUACAACUGAAGUUAUUUACAAGUUUAAAAAAACAAAUGUAUUUCACAUCAUUAACUAGCUACUUUUUCAUGUUCUGUGCUCUUUUCCGCAUCUCGUCAGUGGGCUUGAAAGCCAGACCUGCAGAUGUUCUUAUUCUGCAAUGCAACAGCACAUUUAACAUUGGUGAUUCCAUUGACAAUCUGUAAACAGUUUUAACCAUCUUGAGAUUGCUGAAAACCCUUUCCACAGCAGUUUUUCUCCAGUUGCAGCACCACUCAAAGCCAUUACUUUGUACAGAUGAGUUUCAACAAUCGUAGAUGGAAAGAACCUUGCUAACACUACAACCUGCCUAGUGACUGUAACAUCAGUUGAUUCAUCAAUCAUCAGUGUGAAAAAUUGUGUUUUCACUGCAGCUGAUGUACCCAAAGAUUGAAUAAUUAUCUGGCUAGUUUUAGUUCGAGAAAGUUUCUUGCGAUUUCACUAUCUGGAAACAUUUUCGGGACAAGUUUCGUGAAAUUAUCACCGAGUUUCACAGAUAAAUUGUUUUCACAAACUAAGUUCGACCAUAACAGUUCCGCAUCAAAUAUUUUGUUUGGUUUGGUUACAAAACUCGUCAAAGAACAACUCUGAUCAGCAGCUCGUUGGUUUUUCGCAUGAACUUGCGUCUUCAAGCCGCCCUUUGUCACGUUCAGUUCCGAGUUGCAAGUCGAACAAACUGCGGAAAAUUCCGUUUUGCCACGCUUCAACCAUUUCAAUUCUUGCUCCCAUUCUUUACGAUAACGCUGUUUAUAAAGUGACCUGUCCGGCGAAGCCUUUCGUUUUUCUCCAUCACAAUCAGCUAAGACCAAAACUACUACUUAAAUCACGUAAGAAGUUUGUAAACAAAUGCCGCACCUAAAACAUUGUAACGGAAAAAAUACCAAUGUUUACUGACGCCAUGACACUUCUUAGUGUUUAACUCAACAAACAAAAAACAUUUCCCCCGAAACCAUAGAUAUUGUACUUCAUGAAAGGAUAUAUGGGAGUAAAAGUUUUUGGUUUGUGGUUAAAUGAUUGGAAGUUCCAUGGCGCUACACGUAAUGUGAGUGUUUGCUUUACUGUUGGAUGCUUGUAUGGUUUGACAACUUCAUAGGUAGUUGAAUGUAAAUAUGUACACGAACGAAAUUCAAAUAUGAAAAUAUCGGCGAAGCGUCGUAAAUAUCUGUGAAUGUCGCAGUUUAUCCGUUAGUCCGUUUUAAGCUUCAAAUAUCCGUGAAAACAGAUAAAAUCCGUAAAAACGGCAGGCCUGAGCUAAAGUAUUUCACUGAGAAGAGUGUAUGGCAGGUCGUUAAAAACAGAUUAGAACUGACAGCAUAUUGAUCAGGAUAAAUACGUGUCUGUAAAAAUCAAAAUUUCAUGAGUCAUAAAGUUCAAUUUUCUGAUCACAGGGUAGAAACAUGGUAUGCCUGCUCUGUAGUUAGUUUCGUUCAAAAUGUGGCAGUGAAGAGAAAAAAACUUGUAUCGAUCUCGAGGUAAACAUCUGGUCGCUUACUCACAGCAAAGGCUCCUAAAACCUAACAACCUUUGACAACAUUUUUGUGGUGGAUAAUACACAGCGAAUGGCAAUCAGAUGCAGGCCCACACUAACACUUUGGUAGUGACAGCUCAGGCAAUUAUCUUCUCCUUUGUGCCACCCCUCCCCCUCCCAAAAAUAAAAAAUAAAAGGGGGGUAACACUAAGAGGAGGGAACACUGAACAGAAAAAGAGAUGAAUAUUCUUAACAGCUACUGUGUUCCUACACUUAGGUUAAAAAACAACUGAUAUUCGCCCAGGCCUACUAUCUUCACAUUACUGAAUAGCUCAUUUAGAGAAAAUAUUGCCUUAGAAAAUUUUAGUUAUAAUGAUACUUGUAGUUACGUUAUGCAGUAAUGACAGACUAAGGGCCAUUUUCACAUUGCCUUCUGUUCUUUUAAUCAAGUUGUUAUUAAAUGACAAGAUUUUAUGGCGGAUUUUGAUAAAACCAAAAAUAUGUUGGUAUACAUUAAGUUUGUACUAAAAUAUUGGUAUUAAAUUGGUAGCAAGAAAUUAAUUCUACUUGAUUUGAACUUUCAUCUCUUAUCAAUGCAAAUUUAUGUUUAUAAUGACCUUGGUACAUUUUAAAAAAUGUAAAUGCUUGCAAAAUUACUUUCAUUGCAUCUCCUUGAUUUUCUUGUUAUGGGAAAAAAAAAGAAAAAAAAGAAAUACGUGCACUGUAUAACCUCAAUGCAGUAAUUAAAACUCAGAUAACUUUAAAUGCAGCUGUUCUUUCAUAGUGUGUGGCAAAAUACUGGGGAAACAAAGUCAGGUUACAAAUAUUUUGAGAGAGCAAUUUAAGGUGGUUGUGGUUUUAAUGUUAAGUGAGUUUUUGCCAGUGCCUGGCUGUAAAUAACAUCGUAGAUCACAAGAGUACCUAGUCAUUCCUUUCCCAUGCCUUGACAGCUGAUACGAAGUGCGGUGCCUACUUGCGUGCACCACAUGGUGGUUUAGCCUGUCUGUGGGAUUAUAAUGCAUAGUUCCACUUAUAUAUAUGUGUGUGUACAAACUUUGUAGCUUAUGAAUACGGUAGUGAGGUAUUGUGUGGUAAAACAAACUGUUUUAAUGAGUUAUUUAGUGGGUACAUCAUAAAUUAUAUUAUUGUACAAAACUUUAAAAGUUUUUUUUUUUACAUAGCGACAUUCCGUAAAACAGUAUUUCAGUGUUUACCAUAUACAUGAUGCAAAUAUUAACUGUGUAGGUGUGUACCAUGUUGAUAAUAACAGACUGUCUUACCCAAAGUUCAGUUUUAUAAAAGUGAGGUAUUAUUUUCCCCAUUUAUAAAUUUGAGGUUAAUAUUUUUGUUCUGGCAGUAGUAAAAUUUUUUUAAAGGAUAAUUUUGGUUUUUGUUAGAGGUAUAACUUGUUACAUAAAAAAACAUUAUGAACUAUUUUAGUACUUGUCUCGAAUAAUUGUUGGCAAUAGCUAAGUUAUGGAUGGAACUGUAAAAAUUGGAUUGCUUGUUCCUUAAGACUGUUAUAUUUCUUUAUAUUUAUGAAGUUAUAUAAUGCUUUUGGUUAAUACAAAAGCCUGAAGAACAGUUUUAUUUAAAUCCUGGUGGUGAUGCAAUGUUUUGACAUAGUGCUUUUUUUUAAAUUUAUAUAUCAUGUGUUGUAGCAAUAGUACUAACAUAAAUUUAUAAUGUAAAAUAUUCUAGUAUAGCUAUAUAGCUGCCUUGUGCUAUUCAAGUGCAUGUUCCUUCACGUGCAUUUGAAUGUAAUAGUUCUAUUGAUACCAUCAACGAAAAUCCAACAUUCCUUACUUAACCUAGCAUUGCGAUUGUAGGUACCAUUUUUUUUGUUGAGGCAUACCUUGCAUCUGAAAAAUGAUUGUUAAUUUUUGUAACAUUUGUGUUUUAAGAAAAAAACAUUUGAGGUAAAAAUUGUUUUGUUGUACAUACUUUGUAAUCAGGCAUGAUAUUAAAUGUGACUAUAAAUGUCUGGUGUUAAGUAUAGGAUUAUAAAAAAAAAUUGAGGGCCUGUGUGUCUGAACUCUAUAGAUGACUGUAAAAAUGUUAGUAUGUACUUUGAUUCCUGAAUAGUUUUUUCCAUAAAACGAUUAAGUUUUAUUUGCUUGCAUUGAAUGAUAUAUGCUCGAAAGUAUAAAUUAUUUUCAUUUUGAGGCAAAUUAGUUUAUUAUGAUAUAAUACAUAUUUUAAUCAAUCUGUAUUGCUUAAUUUUUUUUAAGAAUUUACUUUUUAACUACACUGUUUGCUUGUGCAUACAAUAAUGCAUAGAGACCUGAAAAGCAGGGAGGUUAUGGCUGUGCAAGAAUUAUAUAGUACCUGUAAAUACAUACAUAUUACAGAAAUGUAACCAUAUUGUAAAUUACUGUACAUUUGAACUAAAUUUUGUACACAAAUUUAAUUGCCUAUGAAAUAUAAGUAUGCAAAUAUCA